UCAUGCACCUACCCGUGUGAGGAGUGUAUAUAGGGACAGGCGUCGCGACGCCGUUCAUUUCAAGCGACGCACCUGUUGAGAAAGCUCCGGUGAUUUCAACGAUAGGUUUUCAGGGUUUCAGUGAGCUGUGUUUCAGCGAGUGCCUCGACGAGGUUUUCAGCGCUUCUUAAAGUGAUUCUCAGCAUGUCGGGCUGCAGGCCGUUGAUUUUCCUGGCCAUAGUUUUAACCAUCUUCAUCUCUGUCGAGAGUUCUUCGUCGGGCAGCCCCUGCCGGCCUGAGAAAUUCAACAAUUACAAAGAACUCAACGACUACUUGGCAUGUGUGCGGAUGCAAGCCACAAUGAGAUACGGUAAGAGGUCUCCGUCUCUGCUCCUCCGCAGGCUCCAGCCGGACGUCUUCUCCGACUACGACAACGACUUACCAGCAAUUUCCAAUAAUAUGUUGUACGGCGACAAUUAAUGACUUUCUCACCACAAUAAACACAGUAUUACGUUACUUAUAUGAUUUUGUGUAGUUUCGAAUUAAGUUUGGCCAUUUUUCUCAUCGUUCAUUUACUGUAGAACGCUUUAAUAAAUAAAAAAGACAAGUACAGUUUUCCAAAUUA